UUUCCUUAAACCAAACAGGUAGAAGGGGUAUUAAAACACUCUGUUAAAGAUAUAUUGGCCCAACAGCUCAUAGAUCAAACACCUUCCCUCACGAGGGAUAGUAUUCAUUGAAAUACAUUAAAAAAAAAUUCUCCAAAUUUUGUUGUAAAUAUAUUUAUAGUGUGUUAAUAAUUAGAUAGAUAAUCAUGGGAUUGUCUAAAGCGGUGACGAUGAUAGGAGUAUCUUCGGUAGUCCUGGUAGCGGUGGCGGUUGCGGUGGCCGUGACUCUAAACAAAGGUAACCAUCAUGAUGGUCAAGUUACCACCUCAAACAAAGCUGUUAACGUCAUGUGUGAAGCAGUUGAUUAUAAGGACACAUGUGUUAAAAGCCUCUCCACAUCAGACUCUGAAGAUCCGAAAGAGCUUAUGAAGACAGGCUUUAAAGCGGCCAUCAGUAACAUUGGUGACGCUAUAGGGAAGUCCAAAACUCUUGAAGAUGCGUCUAAGGACCCGCGUACUCAGAAAGCGUAUGAACUGUGUAAGGAGUUAUUAGAUACAUCAGUUAAGGAUCUUAACAGAUCUGUGGACAGGGUUGGACAAUUAGAGGCUAGCAAGAUGGAGGAGUAUGUUUUGGAUGUCAAGACAUGGCUUACCGGUGCUAUAGAUUAUCAAGAGACUUGUAUUGAUGCUUUUGAAAAUACAACUGGUGAUGCUGCGGAUAAAAUGAAAAAUUUAUUGAAAAUUUCUAAUGAACUAUCAAGCAAUGCCCUUGCCAUGAUGAGUGACAUCAAGUCCAUUGUUUCAUCUUUACAUAUUCCAGGAAUUCACAGGAGACUCUUUGAUUAUGACUAUGAGACCCCACAAGGCCCACAAGGCGAUCCACCUCCAAAUGAGGAUCCUGCAAGUCAGGCCAAUGCAGGAACUCACAAACGCAGACUCUUGGAUUAUGACUAUGAGACCCCACACGGUGAUCCACCUCCAAAUGAGGAUCCCGGAGGUCCGUAUACCGCAAAAAGUCACAAACGCAGACUCUUGGAUUAUGACAAUGAGACCCCACAAGGCGAUCCACCUCCAAAUGAGGAUCCCGGGGUUCCGUUUAAUGCAGGAAAUCACAAACGCAGACUCUUGGAUUAUGACUAUGAGACCCCACACGGCGAUCCACCUCCAAAUGAGGAUCCCGGAACUCCGUAUAAUGUAAGAAAUCACAAACGCGGACUCUUGGAUUAUGACAAUGAGACCCCACAAGGCGAUCCACCUCCAAAUGAGGAUCCCGGGGUUCUGUUUAGUGCAGGAAAUCACAAACGCAGACUCUUGGAUUAUGACUAUGAGACCCCACACGGCGAUCCACCUCCAAAUGAGGAUCCCGGAACUCCGUAUAAUGCAAGAAAUCACAAACGCGGACUCUUGGAUUAUGACAAUGAGACCCCACAAGGCGAUCCACCUCCAAAUGAGGAUCCCGGGAUUCCGUUCAAUGUAAGAAACCACAAACGCGGACUCUUGGAUUAUGACGAUGAGACCCCACACGGAGAUCCACCUCCAAAUGAGGAUACAGGAUUCUCAGCAGGAACGCGCAGACUCUAUGAUGCUGCUUAUGGGCCUCCAAACGAGCAUUCUCUUGCCGAGGAUCCCGGUCAGGGAGCAGCGGCCACAGUGCGCAGAGUCUUUGAUAAUGAUAAUGAAUCUCAAAGCGACAAUGGGAAUGAUUCAAAAAAAAUGACAAAAGUCGGUAAAGCAAGCGGUAAUGGAAAUAAUCUAAUGCACGAUGCAGAGCAAAUAUCAAAAGCUCGUAAAGUCGGCGGCACAGAUGAUCUUCCUGAAUGGGCAGGCAAACACCAAAGAAGUCUCCUUCAAGCUAAUCCAAAACCAAAUGCAGUCGUUGCUCUUGAUGGAUCUGGACAAUUCAAAACUAUCAGUGACGCCAUCAAGACAGUCCCAGCCAAUAAUGUCAAGGCCUUUGUUAUACUUGUCAAGGCUGGUGUUUAUAAAGAGUAUGUUGAUAUUCCAAGGGGUACAAACAAUAUUGUCAUGAUGGGUGAAGGGGCAACUAAGACCAAAGUCACAGGGAACAAAAACUUCAUCGAUGGAGUCAAUACUUUCAAAACUGCAACAUUUGCUAUAAAUGGUGAUGGCUUCAUGGCCAAGGACAUGGGCUUCGAGAACUCAGCAGGAGCUGCUAAACAUCAGGCCGUUGCUUUGCGAGUAUCUGGUGACAGAGCUAUUUUCUUCCAGUGCCAAAUGGAUGGUUAUCAAGACACCCUCUACACCCACACCUACCGUCAAUUUUAUCGCGACUGCACAAUCACAGGAACAAUUGACUUCAUCUUCGGUGAUGCUGCUGCUAUUUUUCAAAACUGCAAAAUGAUUGUGAGAAAGCCAAUGGAUAAUCAGGGUUGCAUGGUGACAGCACAAGGCAGGAAAGAUCGCAGAUCCACUGGUGGAAAUAUACUUCAGAACUGCCAAAUUACAGCUGAGCCAGCAUUCAUGCAAGCAAAUCCUCCCAUCAAAUCCUAUUUGGGUCGUCCAUGGAAAGAAUUUUCGAGGACAAUUGUGAUGCAAUCUUUUAUCGACUCGAAUAUUGCUCCCGAUGGAUGGUCUCCAUGGACAGGUAAUUUCGGACAGGACACUUGCUAUUAUGUUGAGUAUCAGAACCGAGGACCCGGAUCGGACACCUCGAAGAGAGUGACAUGGAAAGGUGUCCAAAAGAAUGUAUCUCCACAAGUUAUUUCCCAAUUCACUGCUGCGAGUUUCUUCCAGGGUGAUGCAUGGAUUCCGGUUGCUGGCAUCCCUUAUGACCCCGGAAUGAUGAAAGUUUAAAUUCAGAUUUAUUAAGUUUGUUGUUAUUUCAUAGCGGCACAUAAGAACAUAUAUGUCUUAAUCAUCAAGUUUUUUCUAUAGAAUUUGAUACAGUAUUUAAUAAAAUAACUUUUGUAUAGACUUUCAUUCAAAAAUUAUCGUGUCACUUGA